GUUACCAAUACACAUGCCCUCAUGACCUCAUCCUAUCCCACUCUCUCUCUCUCUCUGCCUGUUCAUAUUUCUUCCUCGCCACCCUCCUCGAGAGUCCUCCAGUUUCUCACGUCUCUCCAAACCGUUUAAAUUUACGACCCUUCUUCUUCUUCUUCUUCUUCUUCUUCUUCUUCUUCUGGUCUGUUCUCCAUUGAACCGCAGCAAUCAUGCUUGACCCGAGAAAAAUUUCCCCGCUGCGCUUGUUUUUCACCCUCCUAAUCUUCGGUUUCGCAAUUCCAUCAACCACGUCAACAGCAACGACGGUCGCGGACAAAUCUGAAGCGUCAACAACACCUACACUUGCAGCAGUAGUCUCCAGAGACCAAGUUACAUGCACAAUGUGCGCCGAAUGCGAGAACCCGUGCCAGCCCGUGCCUUCGCCCCCGCCGCCCCCGCCGGAAGUCGACUGCCCACCGCCUCCGUCUCCACCCCCGCCACCGUCUCUCCCUCCGCCCUCGCCUCCCCCGCCAGAUGUCGAGUGCCCACCUCCGCCGAUGCCGCCGGCCUGCAGCGCGUGCGAGUCGCCCGUAACCGGAACCGUCUAUGCUUCCCCGCCUCCGCCAGCCACGAGCGGGGGCGGCGGCGGUGGAUAUGGCGGGUACAACCCAGUGCAGCCUCCGCCAAACACUAUGGUGCCGUAUUUUCCAUAUUACUACUACACCCCUCCCCAGGCUUUCGCGGACUCCAGUUCCCACCACUUGGAGUUGAAUGCUGCUGUUUUUGCCACUUCUCUUGUUUUGAGUGGGCUGCUCUACAUGCUACAUUUCUAGCAACUGCCCACAAUAAUAAUGUUUUCCCUCACUGUACUCGCUUAUGGGCAAAAGCAUAUAGUCACCUUUUUUUUUCCUUUUUUUGGGGCUCAAUCAAGUUGAUGCUUCAUGCAUAGUCGAGAAUGUGAUCGAAUCAGAUUACAACACCCCAUUUAAGGAGGUAGAGUAGGCAAUUUCUAUGUGGCACAAUAAUGACAAUUUGCUUUACGUUUGA